GGGUAUAUAAAUCUCUUUAGCCCAGGAUUUUCACAAAAGGAAGAAUCUAUACUGAUCAAACCAUGAAACGCUUCCUCCUGCUUCUUCUAUCAUCGUAUUUUCUUCUCUGCAAAGGUGCAAACAUAAAAAUUAUCAAUGGAGAAGAAGUCGUCCCCCACUCCAGACCUUAUAUGGCACUAUUACAUUUUCACAAAGACAAUUUACCAGUUAUAUGUGGUGGGAGUCUAAUCAAAUCUGACUGGGUGCUGACUGCAGCUCACUGUAGACCGACAGUGGGAAAUAUAACAGUAAUCCUGGGUGCUCAUUCAAGAAUACAAAAUGAGACUGAAAAGCAAGUGAUAGGAGUUACCAAACUCCUUGAAUUCAAGCGUUAUAAUUCAGCUACUAAACAAAACGACAUUCAACUUAUGAAGUUAUCCAAGAAUGCAACACUUGGAACAGCUGUCGAUAUCUUGCCAUUACCAGAGACAAUUAAAGACUCUAAAGAAGGGACAAUAUGUAGAAUAGCUGGAUGGGGAAUUUCUGAAACAGGAAAGUUGUCAGACACGCUAAGGGAAAUCAGUGUUACAAUACUAGAUAGAGGAAAAUGCAAGAAAUCCUGGGAAAAUAAUUAUUCCAUUACAACAGCUAUGCUCUGCACUAAUCUGGGUGCUAAUGGACAAGACUCUUGCAAGGGAGAUUCGGGUGGUCCUUUAAUCUGUGACAACGUUUUCCGAGGUGUGAAUUCUUUUGGACAUUCGAAAUGUGGAGCCAAAGGGUUGCCCAAUGUAUUCACUCGACUGACCGAGAAAUAUGUCUCAUGGAUUAAGGAAACAAUUAGUAGUAACUAAAGGGAAGAGCAAAAAAAAAAGGAAAAGAAAAACCUGCUGCAAAGCUCAAACUCUUUCCAAUGACAAACAAUCAGAUGCUUUAAUUUUCCAAUUAUUUUACAACCAAACUGCUAAAUAUAGUGUUAUGGGCAAG